AUGGAUGACUCGGUAGAAAUACCAAUUGUAUUUUUGAGAAAAUGUGAUAUGAAAUUAAUUGAAACUUCUAGAAAGGCUAUCAAAGCUAUCAUAUAAAAAAAUAUAUUAUAUGAAGGACAAAUAGAUCAAAAAAUUCGAUACCUAAUUGAAGUUAUAUUUCAAGUUUGAAAAGACAAAUUUAAGGAUCAUGAAGCGCUUGAUCUUGUAGAAGAAUAGAAUCCAUUUACUUAUUUAAUAACAUUAGAUGAAACAACAGAUUCUCAAGAUAUAUUAAAUGUAUUGUCUGAUGCAGAAUAUAUUAAUAAUGAAGGUAAAUAUAAAGAAUUAAAUAAAAAAAUAUUAAAUCCAGAUGUCAGUGAUUCAGAGAGUAAAGAAGAAAAUGACAAAAAAGAAAGUUCUGAUGAAAAUAGUAGUACUGUUAUGGUGGAAAGGAAAGAAGAUAUUAUAGUAGAUAACACAGAGACAAAUGCAACUGUAUUCAAAAGAACCAUAUGUUUAAUAAUACAUUCAUCAUUUGAUUUUGAAGAGUAUGCACACAAAUUAAUGAAAAUACCAGUAAAACCUGGUCAAGAAACUGAAGUAUAUCAUAUAUUCUUAGAUUGUUGUGCAGAAAUGAAAAUAUAUGAAACAUUCUCUAGAUUGUUGAUUAAUCAGUUUUGUGCCAUAAAAUAUGUCACACCAUUUAAGUUCAACUUUUUUAAGAUUUAUAUCAUAUAGUACUAUUUAGAUAUAAAUAAAUUAUGUAAUGUAUCAAAAUUUUUUGCUCAUUUACUAUUUACUAAUUCUAUAUUGUAGGAAGUUUUCUGUUGUAUAAAAUUAAUCAAAGACAUUACAACAAGUUCCAAUAAGACAUUUAUCAAAAUUUUGUUUCAAGAACUUCCCAUAUAUAUGGGACUACUGAAACUUUAUCAAUAUGUGAAAGACAUUACGUUAAAACAUGUAUCUGAUGGAUUGUUCUCAUAAAACACUAAUUUCACAAGAAAUUCUUUUUUGUCUAUUGAUUUGGUUGGUCUCACAGACAAUCUAAAGAAACAUUUAAAAUUUUAUCUAAAACCUGCCAUAAAAAUUUAUAAAUAAAUAUAAAGAAAUAUUUUUUA